AACCAGGCUGAUGGACAGUUGAAUGAUCAAUUUUCACAACUGGGAUUUAAUAAUGGAUCUUCACAGCCAUCAUUUCAAAACAAUACCUUGCAAAGUAAUAUUAGCAAUUUUUCAAGUGGAUCACAAGUAAAUACUCCACUGUCAUAUUCACCUGCCAAUUUUAAUGUUGAACUAACUGGACCUCCUAAGCAAUUUUCUUCAUCAGCACUUUUUGGAGGAAGUUCUAACCAAAAUGUACAUUCCUCGGAUAAUUUUCAAGACAAGACCAAUAAUAUGGUACCACAAUCUCCUUUUCCUGGAAAUAGUAUUCAAUCAAAUAUUCAUGAUGGAAUUAUUAAGCAAGAAUCGAGAGAUUUUAAUAAUGGCACACCAAAUAAUUCAAAUGAGGCAAUGUAUGCAAAAUCUAAUGAAUUUAGUACAAAUAACUCAAGUUUUAUUACCAAUCAAAUUGGUUCUGGAUUAAGUUCUUUAUCUCAACCAACUCAAUCAGCUUUUUCUGUUGUUCCACCUCAAUCUCGUUCUCAAAUACCGUAUUCAGGCAAUGUCCAAGAACCAAAUUUGGCUGAACAUUUUCCAUCUCAAUCAAAUUUACCUACUCAAAAAUUAGAGUAUCAAUCUCAGCCGUCAAAUUAUCCACUACAACAAUCAAAAGUGUCACAGCCAGAUUUUCAGCCACAGUCUAAUUCAAUAACUCAACAAGAUUUUUCAAAACAAUCUAAUUCCACACCACAGCAGGUGGGUUUUCCACCUCAAGCUAAUUUGAAACAGCAGCAACCAGGUAUUCCACCUCAACCUAAUUCAAUGUUGCAGCAGUCAGGUUUUCCACCACAAGUUAAUUCAAAAUCCCAGCAACCAGGCUUUCCGUCUCAACCUAGUUCAACACUGCAACAGUCUGGUUUUCCACCACCACAAGCAAAUCCAAAACUUCAGCAAUCAGGAUUUUUACCACAAACAAAUUUAAAACCAAAUCAGCAAGGUUUUCCGCCAUUACCCAAUUCAACAUCUCAGCAGCCAAGUUUUUCACCUCCAUCCAAUUCUACUCUACAGCAACCGGGUUUCCCGCCCCAACCUAAUUGUACACCAGCUUAUAUGGGUCAGCCAGCUCCAAGUAGGAGAUUAGAUCCUGACCAAAUGCCAAGUCCAGUACAAGUUAUACAAGACGACCAGCAGAGUAAAAGUGGUUUAUUUUUAACUAAUCAAAGAGGUUUAGUACCUCCUUUAGUUACUACAGAUUUUACUGUGCAAGAUUCUGGUAAUGCAUCACCUAGAUUAAUAAGAUCAACUAUGUAUUGUGUACCUACUACAACGGAUAUUAUGAAACAGACAUCUGUACCUUUUGGAUUAGUUAUAAGUCCAUUAGCAAAAAUAAAACCAGAUGAAUAUCCUCUACCUAUUAUAAAUACUGGAGAAAUUGGACCAGUUAGAUGUAAGAGGUGUAAAGCUUACAUGAGUCCAUUUAUGCAGUUCAUUGAUGGCGGAAAACAUUUUACUUGCCUUUUAUGUAAAGCUACAACUGAAGUUCCGGUUGAAUAUUUCCAACAUUUGGAUCAUACUGGUCAACGACUUGACCGCUCUGAAAGGCCUGAAUUAUGUUUUGGAUCAUAUGAAUUUAUUGUCCCAAAAGAAUAUUGUAGGAAAGAAAUGCAACCAAAACCUCCUGCAUAUAUAUUUGUUAUAGAUGUUUCUUAUAAUAAUAUAAAAUCUGGACUUGUUCGACUCUUAUGUGCUUUCAUGAAAGAGUUAUUAACUCAAUUACCAACUGAAUUGGGAAAUAAAAAAAGUAAAAUACGUGUUGGUUUUAUAACUUAUGAUACAACUGUCCAUUUUUAUAAUAUAAAGGAAACAUUAGCUGUUCCUCAAAUGAUGAUUGUUGGUGACACUUCAGAAGUGUUUAUGCCAUUGUUAGAUGGGUUCUUAUGCGAUCCAGAACAAUCUUCUCAAGUUAUUGAUGUACUUAUGGAACAAAUUCCCACUCUGUUCAAUGAAACAAGGAUAACUGAAACUAUUCUUCUACCAGCAAUAAAAGCAGGAAUGGAAGCAUUGAAGAAUGCUGAUUGUUGUGGUAAAUUAUUUGUAUUUCAUUCAUCCUUACCAAUAGCAGAAGCUCCAGGUAAACUUAAAAAUCGYGAAGAUCGAAAAUUACUUGCCACAGAUAAGGAAAAAACUAUUUUGAACCCGCAAACAAAUGUGUAUAAAGAAUUAGGAGAAGAGUGCGUUCAAGUCGGGUGUAGUGUUGAUCUAUUCAUCACUAAUAAUUCUUAUAUAGAUUUGCCUACAAUCGGUCAAAUUUCUAAAAUUAGUGGGGGUGAAAUUUUCAAAUACACAUAUUUCCAAGCUGAAGUUGAUGGUCAACGAUUCUUGUCUGAUUUGAAACAUGACAUUAGUCGACCAACUGUCUUUGAUGCUGUAAUGCGAGUACGAACAUCUACUGGUACUCGUCCCACUGAUUUCUAUGGACAUUUUUUUAUGUCGAAUUCUACCGAUGUUGAGUUGGCUGCUAUUGAUUGUGAUAAAGCUAUUGCAAUUGAAGUAAAACAUGAUGAUAAGCUAGAUGAACAAGAUGGAGUAUUAGUACAAACAGCCAUGUUAUACACGUCAUGUAGUGGACAAAGGCGUGUCCGUAUAUUAAAUCUAUCAUUACGUUCUAGUGGACAAAUGGGUGAAUUAUAUCGUAGUUGUGACUUAGAUACAAUAAUGAAUUUCUUUGGAAAACAAGUUAUGUAUAAAAUUUUGGAAAGUUCUGGACGACAAGUAAAGGAAGCAAUUACUAAUAAGACUGCUCAAAUACUAGCUACUUAUAGAAAACAUUGUGCUUCACCAUCUUCAGCUGGUCAACUUAUAUUGCCCGAAUGCAUGAAACUUAUGCCUCUAUAUGUUAAUUGUUUAAUUAAAAGUGAUGCAAUGUCUGGUGGUCCUGAUCUGACAGUUGAUGAUCGUUGGUUUAACAUGCAUCUGGUUAUAACUGCGGACAUUCCUACUACAUUGGGUUAUUUCUAUCCACGUCUGAUUCCUAUUCAUACACUUGCUGAUGAAAAAAUCUUGGAUGAUGUUCCAAUACCAGAUCAGUUGAGGUGUUCUAUUGAAAAGUUUGCGGAGAAUGGAGCUUAUAUUUUAGAAAAUGGSGUAUAUAUGUUUUUGUGGCUUGGUAUGGGUCUAAGUCAAACAUUUUUAUCAGACGUGUUUGGUGUUCAGAACAUAGCAUAUGUUAAUAYYGAACAUUCUGCUAUUCCUGUGUUGGAUAAUCCACUCAAUAAAGCUAUUCGUCAGGUGCUAUCUAAAAUUCAAAAAGAACGAAGGCAUACAAUGAGACUUUCAAUUAUACGACAAAAAGAUAAAAUUGAAACUGUUAUGAGACAUUUCUUAGUCGAAGAUCAUGGCAUCGACAAUAGUCCAUCCUAUGUAGAAUUUUUGUGUCACAUGCAUAAGGAAAUUCGCAAUUUGCUCAGUUAGCACAUACAAAAAUGGUAAUUGGUAGGGGUCAAUGUGGGAUUAACACCAAUACAAUUACUUGAAUUACCAUAUGAUUACUUAUMGUUUUGUUCAUUAUACUGCACGAUUGUUAUGUUACAGUUAUAAUUUUUAAUGAUGUAUACACAGUCAUAGAAAUAUCUGUUGUUAUUAUAUUUAUUAUAUUAUUUUUUGAUUUUAUUAUGAUUAUAUUUGAAAUUCGCCGUUUUUUCUUGGUGUUAUGUUUAAUUAGUGCAUUUG